AUGGCAGAAAGAGGGAACAACAAGACGGGCUCCGUGUCGCCUGCAGAUACCAGUACGAGAUCCGCAAAACACCUGCAAGGAGGUGCAGGUUCAGGAGAUUACGGCGCUUUUUUGUGCCAAAUCGACCGGUCCCUGGCGCCCCACAUUAAUGAAAAUGGGAAUAUCGCGACACAGGAAGCACGCGCGAAGAAAGUCCUCGAGCGUCUCACCAGCCUCAUCGAGGAGGCCAAAAGCAGCGGAGGUACUUAGAGUUCUAUCUUCAUCUUGUUAGAAGACUACAACUGAAUCUGCAUCUGAAACCCCUUACUCAUUUCUUAUGACCAUGUGGAUCCAGACUCAGACGGUGUCUGUGUCUCUCGUUUUCGGGGUCCAUCAUUAGCUCACCAAAUUUCUAUCCCGAGGAGAAUUUCACAUGAUCAAUCUUCACCUUCACGACCAUAACGAACUGCAUUUCUUCAAUUUUCAACAUCGCCACUUUCGUUAUAACCAGGUCUUCCCGCAGGAGAGAUUCUUGUAUUCGGUUCCUUUUCGAACGGUUUUAAGACCGGCGGAUCGGACUUGGACAUUGUCUAUACUUCAGACGACAUAGGCAACAAUGGCAGCAAAACGACUAUUCAAGUUCUGAAUGCGGUCAUGAACCUCGCAGAAAAAUACGAGUUCUGCAAUAUCACAAAAAUAUUCCAAGCCAACGUACUUACAACUACAACUACUUACUCCUUUUACUUUGAUGUUGGAUUGUAGUCUAGACAUUAUAAUAAUUCUGUAGUAAGUGCUAGUGCACUAGCCUCCACAAGCUUCGCCCGGCUUUAAGUUUAGCACUUUUCUCCCUCCCACGGGUUGCAGCCGCUAGAGUAGAGACAGCCCGCGGGUGAGCUGUUGCACUUUACGAGUUCACUACGACACGAGCCGAGUGCCGGCGCUGGCCGACUCAGGUGCUUCGACUUAUGGGCAGGGCAUUGCGCUGCCUUCGGUUUUUUUUAUGGGAUUGAGUACGGCAGUGAUAACGAAAAAACCAGAAGAGAGCCACCAGACACGCACAAGAAUCCGCAGGCCUCAACGCGCGCAAACGCCUCGCGGUUGCGCCAGGCAGGGACGAGGGGCGGCCUUGACAGGUCAAACAAGAAAAAGCAACGCAUGGCCGCGCUGCUUGGGUCUCUCUACACGCUCACACCUGGCGGGGCUUCUUCCUUGCUUCGUCCGACGUCUCUCGUCAGAAACAGAUGGGCGCACUUCGCGGGGGCGUGAGGCGUCGCGCUUCGGGCUGAGGCUGAAGCCUCUCGUCCGGCUGACGUCUUUCGUCGGGCUGACGUCUUUCGCCAGGGUGGAGACUGAGGCCCUUCAUCAGACUGAUGCUAUUCGUCAGACCAACGCUGUGCGCCGCGCUGGCGACUUAGCUUGCGCCGGGCAGGCCGGCGCCCUUCCUUCGGCAGGUGUCUUGGGUCAGGCUGAGGCUUUUCGUCAGGGCGACGCCUCUCGUCAGGCUGACGCCUUUCGUCAGACUGAAGCGCUUCGCUUGGCUGACAUUUUCCGCCCCCGGCCGGAGGCUCACGCCUUUGGUCAGGUUUGUUGCUGGCCUUUUUCAGCUUGGCGCCGUUCGUCAGGCUGAUGCACUGACCGUGACCAGCCAGGUGACGCCCCUCGCCAGACUGGCGCACUACUUCGCCAGGCGUCUGCCUUGCGUCGGAACAGGCUUGGCGGAGCCUUUCCGCGGGCUGCGGAUGUCUCUCGUCAAAUUGGCUUCUUUCGUCGGACUGACGUCUUAUCUUUCGCCAGACUGAUCGCUUUCGUCGGACUGACGUGCUUCGUCAAAGGUCUUCUGCUUCUCUAACUCUAUCGUCAAGGGCCUCUCGCCACGGGUCGUUUUUUCUGGCAGAGGUCUUUCGUCGCAUGUCUAUCGUCGAGGGUCUCUUGUCAGAGAUUUCCUGUCAGGGGUCUUCUGUCAAAGCUACCCUGCCAAAGGUUUAGGUCUUUUGCCAAGGGUCUUCCGUUAAAGGUCUUCUGUCGGAGGUCUUUGCCGAAGGUGUGGCGUCAAAGGUCUUCGGUCAGCGGUCUCUUGUCACGUCAAAGGCCUUUCGCCUGAGGUCUCUCGUGAAAGGUCUUUCGUCAGAGGUCCCUCGUCGGGGGUCUUUCGUCAGCUGUUUCCCUGCGGAUUUAUCUCCCCAGGAGCGUGCGCCCCUACCUCCGUCGGGCAUUUUUCUGGCUUCUUUUCUGGUAGUCUGCCACGGGGCCGCAGCGUAAGUCCCAACGCGAAAACGGUCGGAGGGUGUCGGGCUUUGAGAGUGCGGGGAAGGGGCGGGAGGCUAUGGGCAAUAGCCUCGCGGAAGAUGCUGGCUAAUCUCCGGCGGAGUAGGCGGGGACUUUCGUGGCGGUGAUCAGUGGGGUGAUGUCUUUCUCGCUUCAAAUUGUGAACUUAUCAGUCUUUAUGUAGUUGCUCAACGUUUUUGGGUUUGCGUUUGCCUCGAGUAGAAGAAUACCAAGAACAUCAACAUCACCGCAAAGGCAACUUUUACUCAAUCAUGGAAGUAGAUGUUUUUGUGACUCUUUUUCCUAGGUGCCGAUCCUGAAGUUCACAGCAAAAGAAAGCAAUGUGGAGGUUGACUUUUGCAUAAACAAUCGCCUCGGAGCACGCAAUUCGCUUCUUUUGCAACAGUAUUCCGCUAUUGAUAAGCGGGUGCAGGACGUUGGCCGAUUAGUGAAAGCUUGGGUCAAACGGAAGGAGCUUGUUGGUACUAGAAAUGACUACGGGUUCAAGUACUAAAUGCAAUAUAUUGUCUGCGUCUGAUAGACUGAAGUCCUUUUUAUUUACUUUGGUAAAAAAGAUUUAGAUUGAUUUUUACCCGAGUCCAGUACCAGUGAAGCUUUUUCCAUUUCGUCGUCCUGCGUCCCUCUCAACACAGGCACCGCGGAUGGCUUUUUAAACUCCUAUGCUUACAUGCUACUGGUGAUUUAUUUCCUUCAAGUGGGUCUCGAAGAUCCUCUCCUGCCGAACCUCCAGAGAAUGGCUACUGAGCCGGUAUUUUUUCAAGAUAGAAUAUGAAGUAAGAAUUUUACAACAGCUACAAUUAUUGAAAAUGAAAACAGGAGAGGCUUCUACAGAUGCUUUAAUAUUUUGAUUCAGGAAUAAAAUCCUUUGUCACGACUGCCCUUAAGCUUAAGGCAGUCUGCACUGUACUUGGUGCGAGAUUUAUUCAUUGUAUUGCUAUUGCAUAGGGGAAAUAGGUAUAGGUUGCCUCAAUAGGUAUCUAACACCCUGCACGAUCUUUUUCUAAUGCUGGAAAUGCAAUUUCUCCUGCUAAUUUUCACCGACGAUUCUUCGUGAAAUGAUGUUUCCUCCCAAAAAUUCUUCAUGGAAUCAUAGUCCUUUCUUCCUCCCAAACAGCACCUCGUGCAAGACGGAAAAUGGGGUCGCGACGAUAGAUGGGACACAAAGUUUUUCUCGGAAAAAGAGCAAGGCCCCUUGACAGCGGAAAGGUGUCGAGAACUGACCGGCGGAAAAUUCCAUCUGGGGCAAAACAAGAUGUCUCUCGCAGAGCUUCUAUUCACAUUCUUUCACUUCUAUACGAGGUACUUACACCUUAUUUGGAACUUCUUGGAACUACAACAAGCGGGAUCGGGAACUAGGAACUCUUGAAACUGAAAAAUAUUAUUGAUACAAUGUAUAUUAGAGUAGUUUAUAGACGCUGGGCUACGCUGGGUGGCUGGGCAGCCUCGCUGGGCACGCUGGGCGGCAACACGGGGCACACUGGGCGGCAACGCUGGGCACACUGGGCGGGCGCUUGGAUAGCGCUUAGCGGACUUGAGGGCCACACAUUGGGCAUGCCGAGCCUGUGCGGCCGAUGGAUUAACUUGCGCCGCGGGGACGCGGUGCAGCGCGUCCCGUGAGGACAAACAAAGGCGGCGCGCCGCCCUCAAGGUUCAGGGCAGCGCUGGCGCAGUGCUGCGCCAGUUUGCGCAGUAGCGGGCUGCGCGGCGCCUGCUCUGUUCAGGCUUGCACUGCGUCGCGCUGCACUGCGCUGCUCGAUGCGUGCGAUGCUGCGCCGCUCUUGUGCACAGCGGUAAACUCGCCAGCGCCGUUGGCUUUGUCCUACGCUAGACUAGCACUGCUGGUGGGGUUCUCAAGCGGGCGCCCGAAGGGCGCCCCGCAAUUGUAGACGCCCAGCGUCACGCUGGGCGCAGAAUUCGGCAGAUCUGGCGCAUUUGGGUCGCCCAGCGACCCAGUGUGCCCAGCGUGGCCAGCCCAGCCAUGUUGGGAACCCUUAUAAACUGUUCUAGUGUAUACUUCUCGGAAAGAUCCGAUUGGACACCGGUCAUUUGGCAACGACUUUACUCACGUCGCCUGCCUCGGUGCUCGUAGACUUUACACAGGUCACCCAUCAUCCUCGGAGACGAGCAUGUGCCGGUGGGGCUCGUUGUGCAAGAUGCAUAGCCUAACCUAACCUCUGCUCCUACUAGUCCUUGUGUGGUUGAUCUUGAUUUCAUCAAACUUUCAUCUUCAUCUCAGGAUAUUCGACUGGAAAACUGAAGCUGUAGUCAUACGACUGGCAGAUCCAAUUACAAAGAACGCGGGCCAGACAGAGCGUGGUGGACCCGCAUGGGAUCGUCAAAGAAACGAAAAGAAAGAUGUAAAGUUUUAUCUUUUACCAUAGUUAGUACAUAGUUUACGUUUCUGAUUCAGAUUCUGUAGUAGGUGUAUACAAAUUUGAAUUUGUAUUAGUACUAGUAGAAGUAGCAGAUGAACGACAAGUACAACUUGAACUUCUGUCUCCGCGUAAGCAAUCUCUUCACUCACGGUCUUCACGAAUUUCACCAAUUACAGGUAAUGGAAUCGACAUCCAAGAUAACAGGCCAGAGUAUGCCUGCGCUCAAUAGCGAAGCAGCAGCUAACCUGUGGUAUAUUGAAGACCCGUUCGAUCUCCGGCAUAAUCUUGCAGGCAAAAUGACAGCUAACGGGAAGAAACGUACAACUUCUGGCUGUAAAUUUUUACCACAAUUGUUUAUCUGAUAGAUCCUGUUUUUCUAGUACUGGUACAACGAGAAAAAUUACAUCGAGCUUGAAUUGAUUAUGGUGUUCCCAAUGUGCUACGUCGAAGUUCAGCAGGAGUAAAAAAUUCAACAGCUGCAGCUUUGCGUUUGCUACUACUUAGCCAUUGAUUAUCAAUCUCGAUGGGAACAAGUCACAUGCCUCCUGAGUCAUAUAUCUUCGCCAUCAUCAAUACAGGCAUGUUACAGCAAAUGGAGCGCACAAUGCGGGAACUGGCCCAGACCGGGAACUGGGAUCUCGUCGUCCCCGCGGACGAUUUGAUGAUCUGUUAUUUUCUGAAGUGCAGAAUAUCACAGAGUGUAGGGCCGGAUCUUUUCAUUCGUGAGCUGGCGCCGUUCGGAGUGACGCGCAUUCACAUGCCCAAAGAUUUCAAGAAGAACAGGUACGGGAUGGCCUUCCUAGAGUUCGCAAACUCGACCGACAGGCGCCGCUGCCACACCAAAAACGAGUCGUACCUCGCAGAUUGCCAGUUGCAAAUUCACUACAGCAGCAGAUGGGCAUUAGAGGACGCCGUUGCACAGCAACAGUAAUGGUCUUAUGAAUGUGGUAUUUAUUGUCGUGUCCGCGUCACGUACAUCAUAACACUACUCAUCUUGUAGUCCUCGGCAGCUUGAUGAACAUGAAUGCGACUUUCUUACCCCCAAUUCCUUCACCAGGUAUGUGCAUUACGACAUCCGUGCGUACAUCACCUCAUCCGGGCAAGGCGGACAGCUUGAAGCGGAGCCCGGAAAAAUGCCUGCCGCCCCGAAGCAUCUGCGCGCUGGGUUGCUUGCUCGGGACCAAGAGAAACGUGCGGUUGCAGCGAUGAGGCGCAUGAAUCCGAACGGGACUCAAGGGGCGGCGAGCGCUUCUUACCCGUCGCUUUUCAGCGGAGGAAUGCCAGGCGCGGGACCACCCUCAGCACUCAUGCAAGGAGCAGGCACCCAGCUCCUUCCAGCGCCGGGGCUGGUAGAUCCGGACACGACCACCGACGUGCAUCGCAAGUUAAUGGCACAAGCGCAACAGCAACAGAGCCAGCCGUGGGCUUAUGCGCACAUGAUGAACCAGCAGCAUCAACAGGUAAGUACUUACAACUACAAGGAUUUUUGCAAACCAUGGUCCACAGUUUCAUUCUACUACUAGAUUAGGAUUACAAGAAAUUCAAAUUCAAUUUUUAAUACUAGAUGAUGAAGUUGAAGACGAUAGUGGAAACCUCCAGCUUUCUGGUCUUGAUCUAAUAUCAUAAAACUAACAGCACCAGGCUUUGCAGGCACAGGCAGCGGCACGUAACGCAUUGCAGCAGCAUUCCGGAGCUGCGUAUCCUCCACCUGGUGCUUUUCUGAAUAAAAAGGGAGCCGCGGCAAGGCCGAAGAUGACAGUUCCUUUUCAGUUAGUGGACGGCGAAAACCGGCAUGAGCCCCUCGAAAGUUACCGGGUUCCUAUGCUCUACCAGCAUCCCUCAGACGGAAAUGGUUUGCCGCGCGGAGUGCCUGGCCCUCCCGGAUUAACACCAUCACACGCCGGAUCAUACGCGGCGCCGUUAGGAAGUAGCGCUGCUGCACUCGGAGCUGCGCCUGCGGCAAGAAUGCGAGCGAGCAGCAGCACAGCGAGCGCGGCCUCCGCUGGCACAACGCCACCAGCUCCCGGCACAAUCAGCCGCGCUAGUAUUGGUGGAAAACACGGGGCAGGAGCAGCGGCGAGCGUGCCGGUUUCUGGAGCAUCACUGGGUGCCACCACGUCUACUAGCUCCUCCGCGCCAAGCUCAACUGCAGCGAACGGACUCGCCUCUUCACCUCUUGUCCGAACCAUCGGAUCAGCAGCUGAACUAGCUGGAAUAGGCCGACAGAGUGCAGCGGCGGGAGCGGGACC